UUUAAUCCUUUUCAUCAGUUUUCCAAUUAAUUAAAAAACCAAAAAAGUUUGAAUCGAUGUUAUUCAAUCAUCGUUGUCUUCUUCACCUUCAUCUCAUUUUCAUCGGCUCCGGUAACACUCGCCUUCGUCGUCGCCUAGAUCAACAUGCUAUCGUCGUUCAUUAGCUUUGCGAUAAUCUCUUUCAGCUCCGUCAAAAGUCAUUUACGGUGGUCUCUCUUAGCUAGUCGUUGAUGAUCUCCCUCAUCUCCGCCAUCGACGGUCUGUCGUCGAUGAUCUUCCUCAGCUCCAACGUCGACGAUCUCUCUAAGAUUUGUUGUAUCUUAUUCUGAUAAUCAUCAAGGCUUCCAUGGGAGAUCAAUGCAGUGAUGUUACCUGAUACACUCGAUAACUACAAGAGACAUGAAGAUCGCUUGUUUGAUGAGUUUACGAGGCAGUUUCUUCCCUCCACUGUUUGCAGCAGCUUGGAUACUACGAUCAGAUGGGUAGAACGUCAACGCCCAAGAAAAUUUGGGAAGGUCUUGGAAGGAGAAGUGAAGAUGUGUCUGAAGGUUGCGCAAGAGACAAGUGUUUUAGUGGAUCUGAUGUAUACUUUAGCUGCUUGGGAGAGAGCAACUGAGCUUGUGCAUGAGGACGAUAUUUCGAGCAUUGUAGUGAUGCUUCACACUGGAGGCACUUUUGGGAUAUUUGGUCUUGCUCAAAGAUACAAAUCUCUCUUCGCAUACUUGAAUGGUUAGGCUUUUUGUAGCAUAUCAUUCCCAAGACUUGAAUAGACAUCGAUCUAAAGACUCAGUUAAGCUUUAGCUUAGUAAUUAUUAAGUUUUACGUGUUAUGCUGUAUUUGAUUUUUUUC